UAAAAACACAAUUCCAAUUACACGCGCCGCGGCCGCGCGGCGGUUACACGCGCGCCGCCGCCGCCCGCCGCACCAUGUCCAACUGACUCCUUAGCGUCUUGACUUCCUUCACGAGGAGCUUCCGCGCCUUUUGUUGGGACGCCUGCUGCCGGUCCCGCCGCUCGGCGUCGACGCGCAUGGCGUCCUGGGCCGCCGCGAGCUGGUCCACGGCCGCGUCCCGGUCGCGCCCGAGCGAGUUCUCCAAUUCGAGCCGCAAUCGAGUUGCCUCCGCGACCUCAUUUUCGAGACAACGAACGCGUUCAUCCAAGAACGCGAUGACCUCCGCGUCGGCGCCGGCCUGCUGGCGCGUCGAUUCUGUCGACCGUAAGGCCUCCGCCAAAGAUUCUUCCGCAUCCCUCACCUUGGACGCCAGGAACUCCUUGACGCGCUCGGCGCCCUCGAGGGCAGCUCGCGAGUCCUCGGCUUCCGCUUGCAACCCGCGCACCUCGACGUCGAGAGCCUUGCACCUUCUAUCCAACGCGAUGAUGCCCUUAAUUUCGGAGGGAGACAGUUUCGACGCGAUGGCCGCCGCGAUCUGGGAACUGAGACCGACGCUCUUCUGGGGCGAGACCGUCGUUCGUAGUUUUCGACCAAUUUGCGAGUUGAGGGAAAACAGGCGAUCUACGCGCCCAAAAAAACGCCUUUCGCUCUGCGCCGUCGCGAGCACUUCCGGCGCGACCAGGAAGCUAAAAACCCGCAGCACGACGCGAUCUUCGAGGAUCGUCAAAGGUGGCCGCUUCUCCGACGAAGCGUGGCCGUUUUGUUUCCCGGCGUUCGAAAACAGCUCCAAUCGCCGCGACGCUCUUUGUAACUCCCGCUCCAGCUCGCCUAUACGUCGCUCGAGGGAGGGGACGCGCCGCGCGUCCUCGGCGUUUCGAUCGUGCCGCGCUCGCUCUUCUUCAGCCUGCAUUUGUUGCCGCUUCCAGGCCACAAUGUCCUCGCAGAAGGCGUCCCUGGCUUCGAUGCAUUCCUGCUGGAUGCUCGCGCGGUCGUCCUCGAGCUGUUUUAUUUUGCGGAGGGCCGCGUCGCGUUCUCCCGCAAUGACUUCGAGCCGUAACGACUGGUCGUCGACCAGAUCUCGGAGCUCGUUGACCUCGUUCUCGUGGUGGGCCUGGGCCACGUCGUCCACGCACUCCGCGAGGACCUCUCGGACGACUAACGCUUGUGCUACGUCUUGUGUUUGUUGCGCGGCGGCUUUCGACGCGCGGCGCAGGGCCCAGGUCGCCGGCGGCGGCGGCGGGGGCGGUUUUGUUCUUGUGGAGAGCGUCGCGGGCGCCGAGGCGCGCCGCAUCACCGCUCCUGUUCGCGGAUCCGCGGGAGCGGCUCCGGAGGCCUUUGUGGUGUGUGCUGGGUUGCGGCGCGCGGCGGCGCGUCGGCGUCGUAGUGGUUGGCCAGGCGUGGUGCACCGGUGGCGCAGCUAUGCUCCAACACGUUGAUAGACCGCUGAACAGCUUAGCCGAUGCUUAAACAAGCACUUUCGAGAGGAGCUUUAUU